UCCUGAUCGUAUGGUUGGAUAGAAACAUUUGGGCGAGAAUAUAUCGGCAUGCUCUGGAUCUGCGCCGGGGUUUUGCGCUCAUGGUUUCUUUAACUUCUGCUCCCAUAAGCAAUAAUGGCGAGGACAACAUAUCACUUUAUUACAGUCAUGUAUGUUCGGACACUGUUGGCGCAUAGGCUAGUGUUCCAUUCAAUCCACGUCACUAUAUACGGAUGCCUUAUGAACUCCCCAAAAUAGUUGUGAUCAUGCUCGAUCACUCGAAAGGCAGUGGGUAUCUGCAGUCCUGGUAGGUCAGACCCUAAAGCUUUGCAGGACUAGCCCCUCGCGGGCGCUGAGGGAUGCGGCCGUGGGGUAGAUUGUUUAUUCUAUGGUCGGUCAGGUGCUGCUGCGCCUAGAGAUCUAGUAAAGGGAAUGACCAGGUGUCCAUAGUGUCCUUUCUUAACUAGAAAUAAAUUGGUGGGGUUUCAAACUGAGACUUAUUCCACCAAUCUCUUGGGCGUUCUGAUGGACCAAGGGAUACCUUUGAUGGUAUCCUAAUCACUACCUAUUUCCCCUUACUAGUACUAGAAAAAUGGACACCGAUAACUCAGCUUUUGAGAGUUAGGAUUGUGUGGGUGGUAGUGGGGUGCAGUGCAUAAUCGCCUCAAAGCCACCGCCAAGGACAAAGUUAGAAAAAGAAAUCGUUUCAGGCAAAAAAACGCUAGUGCAGACUUGGUCUGAUACAUACAAACGCCCAGAGCUCUAGAUAGUAAUCGCGAGUGAUAAUACAUGAAGAGAGGCAACGCUUUGUGUGGGUAUCAGAAGCGGAGAAGUAUCAUAAUAACAUUAUUAAACGGUAAAAAAAAAAACAAGCGCUCGGGGACACAAUAGUGAUGUAUAACGCUAUAUCACCAAUGAGAGCGUUCCGCCCACCCCCUCGCUAAUCGAUCACCAACCCACCCCGCGGAUUUCCCAAAGACCGGUAUCGGAACUCGAGUACUCUACCGGUAUUGCUUUUCCCCAUAACAGCAGCAGCAAAUCUAAGACAUUUCCUCUCCAGCCAGCUACGAGUGUAGAGCUUGGCUCGGCCGAACAAUCCACCCGUUGCAGCCCCGGUGUCCCCCGUAUCGGCAGACUGCAGUGGUCGCUUAAAAGAAGUGUUUGCUGGCAGUUGUGUGUGCCCGUACAGGUCUCUUUCCGUUGCGAGAUUCUCCAGGCGCGAUAAUUUGUCAAGUCUUUGCAGUCUGAUUGGUUGGGAUUUUUUUGCAGUGCCAAGUUUUCUGUGCGGGGUAGUCUGCUCUUAGUGUUAGAAUCUCGCGACUCUGGAACUGAUCGCAGGUUAAUUCGGGAACAAGCACGGCUCUCUAGGUCAUCGUUUAUCACUCUUCCUCGUAGGAAAGAAAGGUUCAGAUCAUCGGAAUUGAUUAACAUGGAUUAUCAACAUCGGAUAUCGUGGUCACCUUCGACCGCGCCACCGGCUGAGUUGCCGGAGGGGGUUCAGAGGGAGUUUCUUCAGUCCCCGGGUGGGAUGUUGGAGUUGUUGACUUCUGGUCCACAGUGGCACGAAGGGUAUGAGAGAGUGGAGAAGCAACCGUUACUGUUUAUUCAUGGAGGUAGGCUUCUUCGAUUCUUCUUGUCUGGGUGCGUUUUAGAGUCAGUUGAUUAAUCCCCUCCUUAAUUAGGCUUUGAGAGUGCAUUUGACUUCUCUAAUUACCUCCAAUUUUUCUCCUCGCAUGGAUACUCCUGCUAUGCUCCCUCUCUCCGCGGUCAUGGAGCGUCGUAUAAACUAGGUUUCUGGUCCAUGUACUGGGCUUGUAAGUCCCUUAAACUUUCAUGUAUAGAGUGUCGACGCUAAUUGACUCAGCAAAACAUGCCCUCGCCCUUGACGUCGCCCUCGUGAUCGCACACAUUCGGUCAAAACACCCCAACAACGUCAUAAUAAUUGGCCAUUCCUCCGGUGGCGGUCUCGCGCAAUACAUUCUUGACAAGGAUAUGGAGAAACUUGGUGGAUUGGUGACCCUAGCAGGAACGCCCGGAUUCGGAUCGUAAUAGCCCCCCUCUCCCCACUCAGCUGCCACUACCCAGCCUGGCUGGCUGGUUAUGCUAACGCAUAUAAUAGGUUUGGAGUAUACCUAAAUUGGAUAAGGCUCGACCCCUGGUUUCUGAUUCGCACAUGCUUCAAGCACUUCGGUCACCCCCGCUCCCCACUGUCAUCCACAGCCCUCGUGCACAGCGCAUUCUUCUCUCGCGCCUUCCCUCUCCAGGAAAUUUGCGAGAUCGAGCGUAUGAUGCCGGAAUACGAGAGCAUGAGUUGGACCGUCAGCAUGAUGACAAAGUUUGUGUCUCCUGAGAGGGUUAUUGGGAGCAUUCUGCCCACCCUGAAGGGUGGGAGAAGGGUGCUGGUUGUCGCCGGCGGUGAGGAUAAACUCAUGAACGGGGUGAUCAUGCAGAAAUUGGCGGCGUGGUAUCGGGUUGCUUGGGAGAGUGUUCGGGGAAAGAGUGAGGAAGAGGUGGAGGAGAGUAGUGAGGAGGUUGUGAGGUAUGGAGUUGUAGAGGGGAGCGGACAUCAUAUUAUGAAAGAUAUCGCAUGGGAGGCGGGGGCAGAGAUGCUGCUUGAGUGGCUCCAGGGCCGUUAGAGCCUAGGUGGUAGUAGGUGGAGUGGUUAGGUAGAUUGAUGUUUACGUUAGUUUGAAGCGUGAGAUCAGAAAUUGGUUCACAAAUGCUACAG